AACGCACUCUUGUGUUUCAGUUCAAAAUUAGAUCGUCAGGUUAGGGUUAGAGAUUCUUGUGACACUUGUCUCGAUAGCACGUUGUAAUAGAAAAAUGUCGAAAAAUGUCGGGAGGAAAAUGGUUAAGAAGCUGGUCGAGAAGGUCGAUCACUCGUCAAAAUUGCGCACAAACAUACUCGCGGGCAUGGCAUCAUCCGCACCACCUCUUGGAUCUCAGCUUGGACAAAGGAAUAUCAACAUUGGAAAUUUUUGCAAAGAUUUCAACCAAAGGACGGCUGAUAUGAAAGAAGGCAUUCCUUUGCCAUGUCGUAUAAAAGUGCAUUCGGAUAGAACGUAUGAUUUAGUGAUUCACAAGCCACCUGUAACAUAUUAUUUAAAACAAGCAGCUGGAAUACGAAAAGGAAGAAUGAAGAAGGGCGAAGUGGCUGGUAAGAUAACUCUGAAACAUUUGUAUGAAAUCGCUAAGAUCAAGUCAGAAGACCGACCACUGGCACUACUCACUUUGGAGCAAAUCUGUAAUAUGAUAGUCGGCAUCGCACGCACGUGCGGCAUCCAGAUCGUACGUGACUUAGAUCCGGAAGAAUACAAGGAGUUCCUGCAAAACAGGGAACAUACUAUCAUGCAACAUCAAGAAGACCUACGAUUAGCUAAAGAGAGCAAAAUGCUCAGAACAAAUUGAUUUGUAACCAUUGUAGCAUACUUAAAUCUUUGUUAAUUAUAAUUUUAUUGUACAUACAUAUAUAAAAU